AAGUCGGAGGAGCGGUCGGUGCCAGUCGCGGUGCGAGUUCACCGGACUUUGGAGCUACACGACGACAAGUUCUACGUCAUCACGUGUGGUAAAGCUGGCUUCAGAAACUCGAGGAACGAGACGUCCCACGUGUCGCUGAAGCUGGUGGACAAGGGCAGGCGGGUGUCGGAGGUGGUGUACAGCCACCCCUACACGCUGCGCGCCGACGUCACCAGGCCAGAUGAAACCCAUGCAGGAACGGGACACCACUUAGAUGAAACAUUUGACGAACAAAACGGGUGGCAGCCGGAUGUGUUUGUGAUUCGGGGCUCCUUGUUUGUCGCAGUGGUGGCUGAGCUGUGCGACGGCGGCGUGCACCCGCCCUGGCUGCUGUGGCUGUGCAUCGCGCUGGGCGUCCUGUUCCUCAUCAUGCUCAUCAUCAACUGCUUCCUCUGCUCGGCCAUGACCUGCUCGUGCGCGCGCACCGAGGUCAUCGAGAAGGAGCCGUCCAUCAUCGAGGACUACGACCCUUACCGCUCCUGGCACGGCUCCCAGUACGGCUCCAGAUACUCGCUAAACGGCAAGCCUGGCUACACGUCUGGCGGUUCAACCAUGAACUCGACGCGCUCCGUGUCGACCAACAGCGACCACUACGCCAUCGUGCACUCGCGCCCGGGGAGCCGGUACUCGCACAAGAACCAGCGCGACCGGGAGCGGGACCGAGACGGCCGUGACCACCGCGACCGGGGGCCGCCCAGCCACAUCGGCAGUCACUACUCGGGGAAGAUGUGAUGAAGCACGCCAAUCCGACUGAACAAUUUUUAAUUUGGUUGAAACGUGAACACCAAUAAUCCGUCCCUGUCUGGAGAUGCGCGCGAGCCACUGGCAAUACUCCACAUUCGUCGCCCUCAAAAUUUAAUGUUAGGGGGAGAAAAAUGUGUAGGGGGUUGGAAAUUUUCUUGGAAAGCAUUUGGAAAGAAUUCCAAAGAUACUCUGUAAAAGAGUCCGCCGCAAUGAACGUUCCCCGAGGUGACGCGAGGGAACGUUCCCUUGCCCUUGCCGGAGCCCCUGCCUGGCCUGCCCCCUGCACUGGGGCACUCUGGACGAGCCGCCAAGUCUACAGAGCUGCUAGGCGGGUUUGCCUACCCAUCAUAUCGCAGGCGCUUUCACUAGCGUAGUCUAGCCCGCCAGAAAUAAGGACUUGCUACGGAAUGGCUCACACUGCGUGAGCGCUGACGAAAUCAGGAAACUUUUGCAUGUGGGGGCUUAGCCGAAUGGUACCUAACGUUUCCUCGCGUCGCGUUGCCUCGGAGUACAUUCAUUGUGAGGGCUCAAGCACCUUAAGACAGUGCUACUGUGUGCGCUUUAUUUCAAAUUAGUUUUGCCAUAUUUAUUCAUUACAUUGAGAUUAUUGCUUUUCAAGGGAGUGAAGUCUGAUUGUUAACAUUUAUUUUGGCAAAUAUUGAAAAUAAUCAAUGUACUACAAAUAAACUUAAGUACUAUUA